AACGUGUGGAUGCUAAACUAAGUUUGUUUGUGACCGUAGAAAAUCAACAUAUUUAUCAUCUUAACCUAGUGGUCUCUGGGGGUGUUGAGCAACACUAGCACUGGGAAUGGCAAUGGGAACAAGCGUCGAAUUCAAGCUUUCACUACUCUUGAGCCUCCUCUCAGUUUCAAUCUUCACAACUGUGUUGUCAGCUACCCGCCAGAAUGUAGUGACGUUUACUCCUCCCACAUGCAAGCGCAUAGAGUGCCCUGCCUACGACGUCGUUCACGUCGGAAAUGGCUACGAAAUUCGCCGCUAUAAUUCCACUGUUUGGAUUUCAAAUCCACCAAUUCCAGAUAUUUCUCUUGUUGAAGCUACCAGAACUGGUUUCUUCAGCCUAUUUGAUUAUAUUCAGGGUAAGAACGAGUACAACCAAAAAAUUGAGAUGACAGCACCAGUGAUCACUGAAGUGUCACCCAGUGAUGGACCCUUUUGCGAAUCCUCAUUUGUUGUGAGCUUCUUUGUGCCAAAACAGAACCAAGCAAACCCUCCUCCUGCUAAGGGACUCCAUGUCCAGCGAUGGGAGGCGGUGCACGUGGCUGUCAGGCAGUUUGGUGGCUUUGUGAGUGAUUCAACCGUUGGUGCGGAAGCUGCUGCAUUGAAGGAUGCUAUUGCUGGCACUGAGUGGGCUAGUGCUAUUGAAAAUAGCCACAGAGCUGGACAUGCUUCUGUUUACAUCGUCGCUCAGUACAAUUCGCCUUUCGAAUUUGAUGAUAGGGUGAAUGAGAUAUGGUUCUUGUUUGAUCUUGAGAAUAAACUGCUGACAAUGUAAAUGAAUAAUGGAGGAGUUAUUAGUGUGUGAGUUGUGAGAUUUGAGAUGUUAGAACAUCAUCUUAAAUUGAUAAAUAAAGUGUUGCACGUUUUGAUCAA